UGGACAUAAAUAUGAGAUGCCAUUGUCUGUCGCUCAGAUGCUGAUUUACUCCCACAUGUGAGAACAAAGAGAGUGUUUCUACAAACAGAUGAGAGUCCAACAACAGCACAAGACACAGACGCUCCCCAGACACUAGUGAAUCAGUCAUCGGUUGACGAUCAGUCAUGGCAAACACAGGUCUUCAGGUGAUGGGUCUGGUCCUGGGCGUGGCAGGCUGGGCGUUCGGGAUCCUGGUCUGCGCCGCCCCCUGGUGGCGCGUGUCGGCGUUUGUGGGGGACGAGCUGGUGGUGUCUCAGGUGCUGUGGGAGGGGCUGUGGAUGACCUGUCUGUCGCAGUGGGGCCGCCUGCAGUGUAAAGUGUACGACUCUGGCCUCUCUCUCUCAGGCUCCGCCCAGAUGUGCCGCGCCCUGUGCGUGCUGUCGCUGCUCCUGUGUCUGCUGGCGCUGGCGCUCAGCGUGACAGGGCUCAAGUGCACCCGCUGCCUGGGCGACGCGCACGAGACCAAAGCCCGGCUGGUGCAGGUCGGCGCGGCGCUGUUCGUCGCCGCUGCGUUUUUCUUCCUUUUGCCAGUGUGUUGGACGGCAUAUGUCGUGAUACGCGAUUUCUAUGACCCGAACGUUGCCGCUCCGCUAAAACGCGAACUCGGACCUGCGCUCUACCUGGGAUGGGCCGUGACUGUGCUGAUGCUGGUGGGCGGGGCUUUGCUGUAUUUAGGCUCCGCCUCCCCUGGAGCUCCAGCCAUACCUGUUUUUGGAAAAGGCGCCAAAGGAAACCCUCCGUCCACAGCAGAGAGCAAACCGGAGAAGGUCUUUGUGUAAGAGAGCGUAAAAGAGCUUGGAUAAACUGUGUCCUAGUGCUCACCCAGAAGCCUUAAUCUGCAAAAAUGCAGGAAUAUUAUCAUUUACUCACUAUUAUGUCAUUCAAUAACUGUACGCUGUUACUUUUUAUUUUCCUGUGGAACACAAAAGGAGAAUUUUGCAUAAACUUUUUGCAGCUUUUUUAUGUAUUUAUUUGAUUUUAAUUGGCUUUUUAUUAUCCAUUCUCAUGGACAUUUGCAUUUGCUCUGCUGAGAAAAAAAAAUGGCUAAAACCAAUCUAAACUGGUUGGCUGGUUUUAGCUGGUCAGCUUGUCAGGCUGGUCUGGGGUGCAUUUCUCAAAAGCAACUAUGGUCGCAAAUUCCGUUGUUACCAAUAGAGUUCAAUGGAACGAACAACCAUAGUUAGCUCACAAAGCUUUUGGGAACACACCCCAGGCUGGGAGACCAGCUAAAACCAGCUGGUUUUAAACCAGUUUAAACCAGCUAAGACCAGCUAACCAGCUUAAGCUGGUUUUAGCUGUUUUUUUUUUUUUUUUUUUUUCAGCAGGUACAUCAUAAACAUACAGUAGGCCUACAGCUUAUUCACAACACACAGAAACAUUUAUCAGUGAUGUUAUGAUACUCUUAUGACACUUUUGAAAAUGCUUUUGUCUUUUUUGGAACUUGACAGUUUGUCUUCACGUGGAAAAGAGCUGCCUGAUGCUUUUUCAGAAUUUCUACUUUUGUGUGCUUGAAUGAAAUAACACUGGUUUAGAACAUCAUUAGAACAAUCUUUUUGGUUUUUUUUUUUUUUAAGAACGUCCAAUUGCAUUAAGAAAUCAGACUCUCUCAUUCAUUCAUACACUGAAUCUGAAUAUAUUUCCAAGCCCUUAACAACUUAUUUUGAUUUCUGAAGCAUCUUUUACAAGUUAUGAAGGUCAGCAAUUAGGUUACUCUGAUUUUGUUGUUGUAUCAUAGCCUCACAUAUUGUAUUUAUGUCUUUUUUCGAUGCUCAGCAUAAUUAAUGAUUAUAUCUCAUUUGAUUUAUUUAUUGAUGUGUUACUGUGUAUUAUUUGUCUAAUAAACCUAACAGAAUAAUGUAGGUUGACGGCAUGUUGAUGUGUGUUGCCUGCACAUGCAUUGCAUGUGUGUGCUAGAGCGUUGGCAGGAAUCACACGACACAAUAGCAGAAUACAGGACAGGGACAGUAAACAGAGCGUCCACUGUUGCUCUGAUUAUGUCACUAUACUGGAGGACGUGUGGAAUAUGAGCUUGUGUUCCACAGAACUCCUCCAGAAGCCCCGCAUAGAAACAGACACCAUCAGAGGAGGAGGAAUUCAUCAGCGUCAAUACUGCAGAGACAUUAGUGACCCCUGCAGAGAGCGGCAUGUUUGUUGACUCUAAACUGGGUUCACUGGUAACCCCUGAUGUACACCGGUCAAACCCAAGCCUCCAAGAUCACACACUCUCAAAACCAAAGGCACUUUACUGGAAUUGAUGAAGAACCGUUAACAUUUAUGGAAACUUUCCAUUCCACAAAAGUUUCUUUAUAGUGAAAAAAAAAAAAAAAAAGUUCUGUAUAAAAAGAAAAACGGUUAUUUCACUUACAUAUUCUUUGGCGAACCAAAAAUGUUUAUUUUAUGGUUUUGCUGCGAAAGAAAGAAAGAGACAGAAUGAAGAUACUUCAACUAUUGUUUUAUUCAUUCAACAUUUCUUCAUACAGUUUCUUAAUCUCUGUUUCUUACGACAAUUACAACACUAGCACAAAAAGAGUAAAGUCCCAUCAGUUAAACAUUAAGGAUAAUUAUUAAUUAUUGACUAGUUUAUUGAUAUAUCACUUUCAGUAGCAGUUCUGUGGAUAGUUUCACCACCUUUACACAAGAUAAAGUCAAGAUAUAUUUUUAUUGUAACUAUGGACUACGCUGACGAGAGUGAUGUAGAAGUGUUCACCAUGAAGCUCACACUGGUGAUGCACCGGAGAGAAAAAAGCAGUAAGAAAAAAAAAAGUGUAUAAAAGCUUGUUUUGUAAAACAUCACAGUUAUAUAUGAUAUGAGAACAGUAGGGCCUGUAGGUAGGCAGUAAGUGUUAUUUAAUAAAAAUAGAAUUAUAUUUUAAGAAUGACAUAAUUUGUUUUCUCAAACAUAGUGUGUGGGGUAAAACGCCCCCAGGGAGCGAUGGGCAAUUACUGUAGUUAUUCUGUUCUGAACAUCAAAUCCUUUGU